CGUGUUUUGGCUGGAUUUUUUAACAAUAUUUUCAUAUAGGUAUUCUAUGGGAUAUUGACAGAGGAGUUAUUUCGUUAAUGACAAAGUAAUUUUAUUUUUUUGAUUAGCCAAUUAGUGGCAGGUUCUAUCGAUAUCAGGUUGCAUACUUUUGAGUGCAUUUAAAAAAAAUACUUUGGCUAGUAGUGUCAACCUUCAAUCCCUUCAUCAGAAUACUGUACUCAGUCAUCGAUAUUAGCGUUGGUAAUCGACAGGUAUUAUUUAAGACCGGCAGCGGAACUCAGGGUCUGUUAAGAUAAAAAACAAAAAAUGUCAGGUCUAGAAUCAGAAGAAAAAAUGGAGCAUAUUACUCCAGAACAUCCGUUACCAGAAGAAAUACAGAAAAUGAACAGAGAUGAAACAAUCUGCAGAUAUUGUGGAGUUAGCUACCUGAUCCACAAUGAGAUUAAAGCCCUUGAGAAGAAAAUGAAAGCCAUGGAGAAGGAGUUGGAGCAUCACCAGGGCUGUGAUGACAGGGAAAACAAACUGAAACAGGAGCUCAAUUCACUACAAGAGCAAAGAGGGGAAUAUGAGAUGACAAUUACAGUCAAGGAGUCAGCGAUCGCGACUCUAACCAACAGCCUGAAAUCCCAGGAGUCUUUGUGCCAGAGACUACGCAGCGAGAAUGACGAUGCGCUAGAGAGGAUUUCAAAACAUGAGAAGUCUUACAAGGCCUUAAAAGACAGAAAUAACCAACUAGAGCGAGCCCUCCCCCGCCUGAAGUCAGCGGUCCAUCAGCAGAAGGCUGCGGUAGAGGAAAUUCACUCGUUUAUGGAGAAACGAGAUGCACAGAUGAAGGAAGAAAUUGCCAUAAUCUUGUCACAUGUACGCAACUCCUGUCAGAUGGAAAUUAAAGAGAAGUCUGAGUUACAAGAUCUAGUCAGAAGCCUUGAGUCCCGGUUCAGCUCAACGACAUCGGAGACGGAGGACAUGAAGAUCCAGCUAGCUCGCCAGGAGAAACAGAUACUAGAGCUAGACAGGCUGUAUACAGAGAACAAGGAGCUGCAGAUCAAGUGUCAGCAGCUGGAGACGGCACAAGCAGGUUUGAGACGUGAGCUGGAAGAAUCUAUAGAGAAAUGUCGCAGCCUACAGAUGGAGACACAGCAGUUUAAAGACCAAUACAAAACAAAAACAAGCGAGAUGGAGCAGAUGGCUUCAGUACAGAGGCGAAAAGACAUGGAUAAUGAGUUGAACACUCAAAAACUCAAAUCUGACCUUCGACAGAAGGAAACAGACUUGUCCAGUGCUAAGCGUGAUUUGAAAGCACUUCAGAUCAAGUUUGAAGAGCAUCAACAGCUUGAGGCCGACCUCAGUCGGAAAACAUCCAAAACACUCAAUGAAACGAAUGAACUGAAGGAGUCAUUUUUCAAAGCCAAAGAAGAGAUAGAUAAUUUAAAACAGGAAAGAGAGGCGAUGAUAACAUCCCAUCAGAACCGGAUUGAACAGCUGCGCGAGAGUUUUAAAAACAAGCUGGCUGAGGCAGAUAACUGGCAGGAUAAGCUGGAGGAAGCCAUUGCCAAAGAAAAACAGAGACAUGCAAAAGAGUUGCAGGCCUUGGAAGCAAGACUUAAAGACAGCUUUGUAAUGGAGUUGGAAAUAGAGAAAGGCAAGUAUCGUGAGUUGAUGAAGAAAUACCAGGCUGGCAGCCAAGAAACUGAGGAAAAGCUGAGAGCACAACUACUAUCCAUAGAACAGAGGUACAAGGCAGAGAUAUCUGACCUCAAUGAUUUAUUGGCCGAAAACAGGAGAAAGUCAAAAGAAAUGGAGGAUGAACUCAGACGAGAGAUUGCCAGUCUUAAAAACAUAAUACGAGACCUAGAGUCCAGGCUGGGUCGACUGGAUGUGGGAAAUGAAGAUUUAGUGGUGAAGUUAAAGGCCCAGCUGAGGGAAACCCACCAAGAGCUUGAGGACACCAGUCAGGCGCUUGAUAAACAGACAAAGGCUGGGGAGGACUUCCAGGAACAGAUCAAACAUCUUCAAGAGACUGUUCAAAAAGAGUGUGAGGAAAGGUUUGAACUCACAGACGCAUUGAGUGCUGCCAAGGAGGAGUUGCUACUUUUGAAACGACCCCUAGGGUCAAGGCCAGUGAGUGAAGGUAAUUCAAGGUCACAUUCUGAUACUUUUCUAUUUUUAGCUGGAAAUCACCCUUCAAUAUUACAUGUUAUUUAUUUUGUUUCAAAAGAAAUAACGAAGUGCUGUCUUUUUGUAGUAAAACAUUACCAAAGCAGAUAUCUGAAGAUAGGUCGUGGCGGAUAUCAAAGUGUAACACCUCGCCAGAGCACUAAUUUGUCCCUCCCUUCUGAAGAGCAACAGACACCUAGUCAAAACACGUCCGCUCGACGUACCAUGUCCGAGCCACAACCAGUCAUAUCUAAUAGACCCCUUACCUCAAAGCCUCAUAUAUAUAAUGGUGGCAUGAAAAAGGAAUAUACUUUAACGAAUAAUAAUACAAUGGUGUUUAUGGGUGACCAAGGAAAUGGUGGAUCGCGAGCUGUAGGCGGAUCUACAAAACGGACUGGUGGAUCGCUAGCAGAGAAUAGACGGAGAAUUGCAGCCAUACUUGGAAGAAAGUGAUGAUGUUCGUGUACUAUUUUAUGUCAAUAAGCAAUGUUAAAUUUUCUUAUCAGUAUAUUUUGAUAGAAAAGGAGUGUGCUGUUCAAACUAAAUGACAACUUGUCAUCACUUAUUUAAGUCAGAGGACUUUAAAGCACUCAUGUUUAUAUAGUGCCUUGGAUCCAUUUCGGUUCAUUUCAAUUGAGAAUAUUACAUUCUAGAAACAGAUCUGAAUAAAUAUUCAACUUAAAUGUAUUGAUGCAUCCUCAAAAUUGUUCAUUGUCUUAAAGAAUCUAAAAACAUUUUUAGUGAUUUCUGUAUUAAAAUAAGUGCCUGUAUACUUAUAGUUCAUUUUGAUACAUUUUCCUCAAUUAUAUUUUAUAUAUACGGUAGUCUGAUUUGAUAACAUAUUUUUUAGUUUCAUUAAGUUUGUUUUAUUGAACUAAGUCUGUGAUACUCUCAAUACAUAAGAUUGUGCUCAUAUAUAUUUUAAAUACCAUAUCUUUGAUAAAAAUUGCAUGAAUUUUGAUGAGAUUAAACAUAAUGAUCAUUUAAGUAAGCUGCCAAAAUGACAUUUCCAAAUACAAGCAGAUGUUUACUAUUUAAAAUGGUGCAGACACAGUCUUAUUAAAAACAGAACGAAGGGAUUUGUCCUCAGUUUUAAUUAGAUGCUCAUAGAGAUAUCCAAUGAGUUGAUAUUCAUGUUUGAGUGUGUGAUAUAAUGGUUGAUAUUAUUUAGGACCAAUAAAAUGACAGUCAUAAUACUUGACUUUUAAUUUUCAUAUCUGUCUGCACCAGACAUGAACAAUAAAUUUUCAUAUUGACCUCCAAAUAAACAAUAGCUUAUACUUAAUUUAUUUUUUUACAACUCGGAUGAAUCCGCUGAUGUUGGCCAGUUUCAUGUUCUGUUUGUGCAACUUUGUCUUAACAAUUACAAUUUUUGUCCUAAAAAAUAUAUCUUGAAUGAACACCAAUUUUAGCCUAAGUCUCAGAUUUUCAAAGAAAAGAAGGUCUUAAACUUGUUGUUGAUAUCGCUGUCAUGAAUGACUUUGAUGGCAUUUUAAACUUUAAACUUUACCUUAAACAUGACUUAGAUACUGAAAGAUUUUCAAAUUGAAACUUGGUAUACAUGUUGGCAGAGGCAAUACAGGCAUGUGUUUCAUGGCCCAUAACUCUGGCUUGGAUAAUUGAUUGGUUAUGCCACUUGCGAAAACAGGCUUCCGCUUGAGUUGCUCGUGUCAAUUUGAUACAAUAUCAAAGGCUGCUUUAACAUUUACAAUAUGAAGUGAUUUUUACAUCUGAUCAACACUCAUUACUUUCUAAUGAUAUAUUUAUCGGAAUAAAGUGUCCUUUAAUUACAAAUUAUUGAAAUGUUUUGUAUUUCAUAGGCGUUUAGCUUUAUUAUAUGUUUAUUUCAACUAUUGAAUGUUUAUUUGUAAUAAAACUAU